AUGACCUCUUGUUCUUUAUAUCACUGUGCUCUGCACACCCUGAGUCUGGCAGUGCUUGUUGCUGGGAAUGUCCACCCAGAAUGUGAUUUUAUGGUAGAGCUGAAGAAAAAGGAGGCUGAAUGUCUGGAGGCCCCACAAGAUCAUGGAAAUGCAACAUCACCAGGUUGCAAGAGAACUUGGGACAAAUUGCUGUGCUGGCCAGAGGCAGAUGCUGGAGAGAUUCUUGCUUUACCAUGUCCAAACAUCCUUUUUCACUUCAUGAAGGAGCCAGCUGGGAUGAUAAAAAGAAAUUGCACAAAAAAGGGCUGGUCUGACCCAUUCCCUCCCUACCAUGUGGCCUGUCCAGUAGAAGAUGAGAUUCCUCUUGAAGAACAAUCCUACUUUUCUACUAUAAAGAUCAUCUACACUGUGGGAUACAGCGUGUCCAUCACCUCCCUCAUCAUUGCUGUGACAGUUCUGAUUGCAUUCAGGAGGCUUCGCUGUCCCAGGAAUUAUAUCCACGUACAGCUCUUUUUUACAUUCAUCUUAAAGGCUAUUGCCAUUUUCAUUAAGGAUGCUGUCCUUUUCCAGGAGGAAGGCAUUGAUCACUGCAGCUUCUCCACAACUGAAUGCAAGAUCUCCGUGGUUUUCUGCCACUACUUCAUGAUGACCAAUUUCAUGUGGCUGCUGGUGGAGGCUCUCUACCUCAACUGCCUGCUGCUCUCAUCCCUGUCUCAUGGAAGGAGAUAUUUUUGGUGGCUGGUUCUCUUUGGCUGGGGUUUUCCAACACUUUUCACCCUUAUAUGGAUAUUGACAAAAUUCUACUUUGAAGACACAGCAUGCUGGGAUAUUAAUCAAGGCUCUCCUUAUUGGUGGCUAAUCAAAGGACCAAUAAUAAUUUCUGUGGGGGUCAAUUUUGUCCUAUUUAUCAACAUCAUCAGAAUUUUGCUGAAAAAACUAGACCCUAGACAAAUCAACUUCAAUAAUUCUUCUCAGUACAGACGUCUCUCAAGGUCAACUCUGCUUCUAAUUCCUUUAUUUGGAACCCAUUACAUUGUCUUCAACUUCCUCCCAGAAUACACCAGCCUGGGGGUUCGGCUUUAUUUGGAGCUCUGCAUUGGAUCUUUUCAGGGGUUUAUUGUGGCAGUUCUCUAUUGUUUCCUGAACCAAGAGGUGCAAACGGAAAUCGGCCGGAGGUGGCACGGGAAGAGGCGCGGGCUGGUGCCAGUGUGGAGGAGGACCAGGUGGACUGUGCCCUCCAGCUCUGGGGUGAAAAUGACCACAUCUGUGUGCUGAAAAUGGCCUCAGGCUCUGGAGGGGAAAAAACCCAACCAAACAAGCAAAAUUUUACCAAACAUAUUUAUUACAGUUUAUCCUGAGCAAAUUGGUGGAGGAUCCUUCAAUUCUGACCCAUGGGGCUUUUUUCUGCAGGACAAGCAUUGCAGGGACAGA